ACCGCAAACGCAUGCGCUGUUUCAUAAAAGCGGACAUUACUUUACCUGUCGACAAAAGAGGAAGACUGAGCAUUUAAAUGAUUUGAUAGUUGGAUUUCAUUUUAACUUUCAUAAACUUCAAUAAACUUUAACUUGUUUUGAAAAUGGCGGAAGAGCAAUCGGAACAGACUGUAACACCGUGGGAAGUGUCUACAAAAUCUGAAACUGGGAUUGACUAUGAUAAACUUAUCCGCGAUUUUGGCAGCACAAGAAUAGACGACGGACUGAUCAACAGAAUCGAAAAGGCAACAGGAAAACCUGUGCACCAUCUUCUGAGAAGGGGAGUCUUCUUUUCAAUGAGAGACUUGGAGACCAUAUUGACGCUAUAUGAGCAGAAAAAGCCGUUUUUCCUGUACACAGGCCGGGGACCGUCUUCUGAAGCAUUGCAUCUGGGACACCUUAUCCCCUUCAUUUUCACGAAAUGGCUACAAGACACAUUUGAUGUCCCACUCGUCAUACAAAUGACAGACGAUGAAAAAUUUCUUGUGAAAGAUAAUUUGCCGCUAGAAGAAGCCAACAGACUAGCACAUGAGAAUGCAAAAGACAUCAUUGCCUUGGGGUUUGACGUCAACAAAACGUUCAUCUUUAGUGAUGUAGAAUAUAUAAGUUCCUCUAGAGAUUUUUAUAUGAACAUGUGCAAAAUUCAGAAGCAUGUUACAUUCAAUCAAGCAAAAGGAAUAUUUGGAUUUGGUCCAAGCGACAAUAUUGGCAAGAUCUGUUUUCCCGCAACACAAGCUGCGCCAAGUUUCAGCUCUUCUUUCCCUGAAAUUUUUCAUGGUAUAAAGGACGUACCUUGUCUAAUCCCUUGUGCCAUUGAUCAGGAUCCAUACUUUAGGAUGACAAGAGAUGUAGCUCCUAAACUUGGUUACCAGAAACCAGCUCUCAUUCACUCCACGUUCAUUCCUGGGUUACGUGGAAUGCAGUCCAAGAUGGAUGCUAGUGGUGAUCCAAACAGCGUUAUAUUUGUAACUGAUUCGGACGAACAAAUCAGCAAUAAGAUAAAAAAGUAUGCAUACUCGGGCGGCGGCACAACAGCAGAAGAACAUAAGAAGACAGGAGGUGACUGUGGAAAGGACGUGUCUUAUCAGUAUCUGACUUUCUUUAUGGAAGAUGAUACUAAACUGGAACAGAUCAAACAGAAUUACACGAGCGGCAAGUUAUCUACAGGAGAUUUGAAGGCAGAGCUGAUUUCUGUACUGCAGAAGCUUAUUUCCGGGCACAGACAAAAGCGUGAAAGAGUGACCGACCUGAUGGUGAAGAAAUUUAUGUCUCCGAGAGAGUUAAACUAUCCAUACUAAUGACGUGACGUCAGUUUUAUACAUAAAAACGAGAACAAAAAACGAUAAGUUUGUAACAUAAUUGUUAAAAGAUCGAGUAAAUUAACAUGAUCUGGAAAGGUAUUCCUCAUUAGUUGUAUCUAUGUACGGGAUAGUACGAAUAUGUGAGUUCAACAGUGUUUUAAACAGAUUGUUUUUGUUUAUUUUUGUGUCUGUAUUUUUUUGUAGUGACUUAUUAUGUUUUUAUUAUAACUUCUUUGUUUUUAUUCAAUAGCGCAUAUACACUUUGCUCUUAUGAUUUAAUGUGCAAUACAUCAGCUUUCUUUUUUCAAAAUGAAAUAUCUUUAUACAUAGAAAAUAUAAUUUCUUAACAUAAACAUCAAAAGUCUAAGAUAAAAAUAAGUUGUAUUGACUCAAAGAUUCUGUUCGUAUAAAUUUCGGUGCACUAAAUAUUAAUAUUCAUGGUCCACAAACCUUUUAUUUGAGCUGACUAAGCAAAUUUUACUGAAAUAUCGAAACCAUAAAUUGCCAUAGGAUCAUUUUGUCAGUUACUAUAUUUUGUGCUAUCAAAACUAUAUAUGGAAUACCUAUACACAUAAAUAGCAAUGUACAUUCCUUUGUCCGUAUAGACAUUCUUAAUGUCAGUUAUUAAUAUGAAUUUCAAUACUGGGUUCAGCAAUUCUAUUCAAAAGUUUUACUUCAAACUGCUGUAGGUAAUAGACAAAAAUCUUGCUGACAACAAUCGACUUUACUGAUUAAUUUGCACACUUUAAAAUAUCAUUCUUCCAAGAAGAACUUUAAUUCUGUAAAAAUUUGCAGUUGCUUGAACAAAUAAAAAGCAUGCGUUCAAAACCAGUUAUGAAUAAAGGUCAAGGGUAUUUCUGUUUUAAAAUAGUUUGCAAUCAAUUAUUUGAAAUAUGAAUAUGUAUUUACGACUUGCUCAAAGAAAUUUACAAGCGUAACUGAACAUACAUUAUUGACUGUUACAAAAGAACUUUGAAACCACAUAUAUUAAUCUCUUCGUAAAUAUACUCAGUUCUUGUCAUUUCCUUUCUGUGUAAUACGUAUCUUCAAUAAACUUUAAUAAAAACAGAAACUGUU